UGGAGAACCAUCAGCUUUAUAAUUUGAUUGUAGUUACAUUUAAAUGUGUGUUUUACAGAGUGAUCAUCCUAAUCCAGAACUGAAAAUGUCAGAUGGAUUUAAUUGAAGAUGAUUUAAUCGUUGACAACUGUUUUGUUCGGGUUUGGAAGAAGAAUAACAAUUAUUCAUUCUUCCAGAACAUCGUCUCUCUUUGCUUUUCAUUCAAGAAGAAAGAAUUAGACACAUCACAGUAUUGAAAAUAUUCUAUAAGAUCAAACCUUGAGUGCAGUGCUUUUCUCGUCUUAGGUUUUGUUUUGGAAUUAUUACCUGAAAAAGGGAAGAAGGAAGAGAAAGAUGUUGUUACUUCUAAAGUUUUCUCUCUGUUCCUUCCAACAGCUCCCUAGCAGAAAAGUGUCAUGUGGGCAGUGUACGGUGUGGGAAGUUGUGUGUUGUAGCUCUUUUAUGUAGGGUAUCUUGUUUCUCAGUAGCCGUUCAUAAUUGUAGGUUUCCUUAUAACUGUACAUUGACUGUAGGAACAGUUAACUUCUCCAGACAGAUGCUAACACCUGGUAAAUGUCCCUGCAUCUAGGACUCUAGGUAGCCAUAAUGUUAGUCCUCUUCCCCCAGGACUGCAAGGAUUUAUAAUAUUUGAAAUUCUGUUUUUGAUUUGUUAGGAAAAUUUAGUGUCCCGUGCCCCCUUAUGGUGCUUUAAGGUUUCCAUUCCUGUUUUGAGCUGAGACUGCUAUAAUGCGACAAGAAAGGAUUAUGCACGUGGUUAGCAGAUGGAAUCCAGGUUGGUACAAUAGGCUUCACUAGACUUAGCUGCAACUCAGAAUUUCUCCUCCAGCACCUGAGUAAAUGCUGAUGGUCUUGUGGAGAGUGGAUUAAGAGUACAAGCUAAGUUCUCAAUCCCAAUUGAGAAGCGGAGGAAAUGUAAACUGUCUCCUUCCAAGUUUAUCACUGCCACCACCAUCAAGACAGCAAACUAAAGGACAAAGACUUUGAACUGCUGUGUUGCUCUGUGUAGUCCAGUGCACGCAUGGUUUACAGACUUGGCUGGGGUUACUAAUAAGUAAAUAAAAAAACUGGACACUUCUGUCAUUCGGACGUUUCAUUCACAAGUUACCAGAAUGAGGGCUGUACUGGAGACAGCAGACAUUGCCGUAGUGGCCCUGUAUUUUAUCCUGGUCAUGUGCAUUGGUUUUUUUGCCAUGUGGAAAUCUAAUAGAAGCACAGUGAGUGGAUACUUCCUGGCCGGGCGCUCUAUGACCUGGGUGGCAAUUGGUGCCUCUCUGUUUGUGAGCAAUAUUGGGAGUGAACACUUCAUUGGGCUGGCAGGAUCUGGAGCAGCAAGUGGAUUUGCAGUGGGCGCGUGGGAAUUCAAUGCCUUACUGCUCUUGCAACUUCUGGGAUGGGUUUUCAUCCCUAUUUACAUCCGGUCAGGGGUAUAUACCAUGCCUGAAUAUUUGUCCAAGAGAUUCGGUGGCCAUAGGAUUCAGGUCUAUUUUGCAGCAUUGUCUCUGCUUCUCUAUAUCUUCACCAAGCUUUCAGUGGAUCUGUACUCAGGCGCCCUCUUUAUCCAGGAGUCCUUGGGCUGGAACCUUUAUGUGUCUGUUAUCCUGCUCAUUGGCAUGACUGCCCUGCUGACUGUCACCGGAGGCCUUGUUGCAGUGAUCUACACAGACACUCUGCAGGCUCUGCUCAUGAUCAUUGGGGCACUCACACUUAUGGUUAUUAGCAUAACAAAAAUUGGAGGGUUUGAGGAAGUUAAGAGAAGGUACAUGUUGGCCUCACCCAAUGUUGCUUCCAUUUUGUUGUCAUACAACCUUUCCAACACAAAUUCUUGUAUGGUCCAUCCUAAGGCGAAUGCCCUAAAAAUGUUGAGAGAUCCAACAGAUGAAGAUGUUCCAUGGCCUGGAUUCAUUCUUGGGCAGACCCCAGCCUCAGUAUGGUACUGGUGUGCUGACCAAGUCAUCGUGCAGAGGGUUCUAGCAGCCAAAAACAUUGCUCAUGCCAAAGGCUCUACUCUAAUGGCUGGCUUCUUGAAGCUUCUACCAAUGUUUAUCAUAGUUGUACCAGGAAUGAUUUCCAGGAUACUGUUUGUUAAUGAGAUAGCUUGCAUCAACCCAGAACACUGUAUGCAAGUGUGUGGAAGCAGAGCUGGGUGCUCCAAUAUUGCUUACCCACGCCUGGUGAUGAUGUUGGUUCCUGUGGGCCUUCGAGGCCUAAUGAUGGCAGUGAUGAUUGCAGCUCUGAUGAGUGACUUGGACUCCAUCUUUAACAGCGCCAGUACUAUAUUCACCCUCGAUGUAUACAAACUUAUCCGCAAGAGUGCAAGCUCCCGGGAACUAAUGAUUGUGGGCAGGAUAUUUGUAGCUUUUAUGGUUGUCAUCAGCAUAGCAUGGGUGCCAAUUAUUGUGGAGAUGCAAGGAGGCCAAAUGUACCUUUACAUUCAGGAGGUGGCAGAUUAUCUGACCCCUCCCGUAGCGGCCCUCUUUCUUCUGGCAAUUUUCUGGAAACGCUGCAAUGAGCAAGGGGCUUUCUAUGGUGGAAUGGCAGGCUUUGCUCUUGGAGCUGUCCGUUUGAUACUGGCUUUUACCUACCGUGCUCCUGAGUGUGACCAACCUGAUAACAGGCCAGGCUUCAUCAAAGACGUCCAUUAUAUGUAUGUGGCUACAGCAUUAUUUUGGAUCACAGGACUCAUUACUGUAAUUGUUAGUCUUCUCACACCACCUCCCACAAAGGAUCAGAUUCGUACUACUACCUUUUGGUCCAAGAAGACCCUGGUGACAAAGGAGAGCUGCUCUCAGAAAGAUGAGCCAUACAGAAUGCAAGAGAAGAGUAUCCUGCGGUGCAGUGAGAAUAGUGAUGUCAUCAGCCACACUGUUCCCAAUGGGAAGUCUGAAGACAGCAUCAAGGGACUCCAACCUGAAGACGUCAAUCUGUUGGUGACAUGCCGAGAAGAGGGCAACCCAGUGGCUUCCACGGGUCAUUCAGAGGCAGAAACACCAGUAGAUGCUUAUUCCAAUGGGCAAGCAGCUCUCAUGGGUGAGAGAGAGAGAGAGAAGGAAACAGAAAAUAGAAGCCGGUAUUGGAAGUUCAUAGACUGGUUUUGUGGCUUUAAAAGUAAAAGCCUUAGCAAGAGGAGUCUCAGAGACUUGAUGGAUGAAGAGGCUGUUUGUUUACAAAUGUUAGAAGAGACUCCACAAGUUAAAGUGAUACUAAACAUUGGACUUUUUGCUGUGUGUUCCCUUGGAAUUUUCAUGUUUGUUUAUUUCUCCUUAUGAACUUAAGGAUAUGGUGAGACACUUAAGAGAAAAUACUGGUCUUUGCAAACAAAAAUGUAACUGUUGCACCUCUCAGGCAUUGUUUACGCUGAAGGUUUUAGCCAAAUUCUACUUAGUAGAAAAAUCAUCUAUUUGCAAGACUAUUUUCCCAGAGAUGGAGGAAAAGCAAAUCUUCAACUUACAUGAAACAAAGCAGAAUGAAUUGUGAAAAAAAAAUGUGAUUUUAGAGUUUUCCGUACCAAAGUAAGGAGAGACCAAUUAUUCUCAUAUGUCACUUAGGACAGAACAUGUGCUAAGGUAUCAUGAGUAAAGUGUCUUGUCUACAUUGCCAAGUCUCGGUAGACCUUAUGCUGAAGUAAAUUUGCUCAUUUAUAAGAUUUUUGUCUCUAAUCCCUGCUAUAAUUAAAAAAUUGAAUUCGUA